AUGAUCCACGUCGAUGUUCACUCUCUCACCCAGCCACUGGGCAUCCUGCGAGUGAUGACCACCAUCCUCACGUGUAUGACUUUUAGCUUAGUAGCAUCGGUGGGGCAUGUCAACUCUCCUUACUGGGCCUGGUGCAUGUUCACCUGGUGUUUUUGCUGCUUCUUUACUCUCCUAAUUGUUAUCCUGGAAUUCACCACCUUGAGCACCAAGUUGCCGUUUGCCUGGGAAGACUUCACCACUGCCUUCGCCAUGCUAGCGAGCGUCAUGUGCUUGACUGCAAACAUCAUCUACCCAACAUUUUUCGCCUGCAAUAUCUGCUACCGACAGAUCGGCGCUUCUGUCUUGGCUGUGUUGUGUUGCGCGGCCUACUUUGGCGAGGUGUCCCUAACUCGCCGUCAGCGGCGUGGGGAAAUCCGUGGGUUUCUCUCUACAUAUGCUGGUAUAAUGAAGAUGAUGGAAGCUUUUAUUGCCUGUCUUAUCUUCACCUCUCUUGAGACAAGUCAUUACACAAAAAGCCCAGGACUCCAGUGGUGUGUGGCCGUGUAUUCCCUGUGCUUCAUCUUAGCUAUGCUCAUCAUCCUGCUCACUGUUGGACAGCUGACCACACUACUGCCAUUCUUUGACAAGAUAGUAAUUGUCUAUGACAUUUUGGCUGCAGUGAUGUACUUGACAGCUAUGGUGAUCUGGCCACUUUAUAGCUUUCCAAACAAUAAGAGACCGCCAGACUGUGGAUACAUGUGUUCAUGGGACAAACUGGUGAUGGUCACCAUGAUGACAAUUUUCAACUUUUGUGUUUACAUCGGGGACUCUAUCUACUCCUUAUGGCUUGUGUUGUGUGUCAGAACAGAGUGA